CUAUGCAUGCAUAGCUAGCACUGAGCUGACCCGAGUAUUGUGGCGCCUUGUCUUUUGCUGAAACGUUGGAUUUAUCCAUGUCAAAUAUUACAUUUUCUUAUCGGUUGUAAAACAGAAGAAAGGGCAUCAUGGCAGUAAGCUUGGAAGAAUACUUUAGGACGACGUUUGAGGACAAACUCCUCGUGAAGAUGCCUGAGAGGGAGGAUGACCAUCUUACUCCCGCUACCAGACUUCUUGAGAAGAGGAGAGAAAUGUCUGAGGUGGAACAGGCAUUGGCAGCACAGAAAGAGGAAUUUCAAAUGAAAAUGGAGAGUCUGCAACAGAGAAGAGAAGAGCUGGAAAGAAAGGAAUAUCAACUCAAAGAGUCACUACUCAAGUUUGACAAGUUCUUAAAAGAAAACGAUUCAAAGCGAGGAAGAGCAGUGAAGAAGGCACAUGAUGAAAGAGAUUUGAAGAAAACCAAAGACAAGGAAAUCUCAAGAUUAAUGGACGAGAAGGGUGAUCUCCAGGGUCAGAAGGAUAAACUCAUGCAGCGUCUCAACAAACACAAACUCUUUCAUCGCUUCCUGGAAAGAACUCUGGAAUCAGCCGACGAGUUUCACGAGAUCAGGGAAGUCAUCGCCAGACACGAGACUCUAGUUGCAACACACAGAGAUCUUGUAGAGAAAGCUAACAGCACUCAGGACGCAGUGGAGAAAGAGAAGGCCAGACUGGGGAAGUUUACGGAGGAGAAGAACAACGACAUUCUACAUUACAACAAUCAGCUAGCAACAUUGCAAACCCGAUUAGACAGGGCACAGAGUGAAGCUGUCAAAUGGGAAUCCGUCUGGACCCACAUCAAAAACACAGCUGCCAAGAAGACACUUCUGCUUGGAAGAAUAAAGAUGGCAACCCACAAUCUAUUCCAGCUAGUCGAAAGGCAUGCCAAAACCUCAUUGGGAACAGAGAACACGUUAGAACAGCUAACAAAGAUCCAGAUGUUCAUCAUGGACUUAACUCAGAUCACGACAGAGAUCAAGAGAGCAGAAGUGGCCGCUACGUCUGGAGCAGUAUCCUCCAAUCCAUAAAACAAUUCUAUUUUUAUUUUUCUGCAAAUAUGUACAGGGUAUUAUGUACAUUGAAAGUGUAAACAUGUAACUAGGUUAUAGUGUACCAUAUUGAGUGUAUAUAUAUUUAUUUAUUUGAUUUAUAUUUUGUUACUUUAUAGGCAGUCUGAAAAGUAUCUUUUUUUGUUUUGAACUACAAAUAUGAUUACUUUCAAUUAAUCAUGAAGCAUUUAUUUUACCCUUUUGAUAGGGGGUUGGUUUUUUUAUUCAAUGUCAUCACUUUUGUUUAAAAACCUGGUGUAUUCUCUCAUUUCUAAGUUUGGUGUAUCAUUGUUUUGUGUGGAAUGAUCCAAAUAAGCCUGUUUUCCUCAGACCGAAAGUUGCAAAAUAACCCGCUAUUUCAACUAAGCCGAUCUCAAAUUUGCCAACUGAUUUGCGUCCGCAUCAGCCCGCCGUUGCAAUUAGCGGGCCAUUUGGUCAAGAACAUAUCCCAAGAAAUCUUGAUCUUGUUUCCAGAAUAGUCUUCUAUUUGGCUAAUUUGUGAUGAGCGUAUCGGUCUGGCUUCAGGAAAAUAUUCAGAGUCUGAAAAUAGCGGGUUAUUUUGCAACUUCGGUCUGAUGAGGACAGGCUUAUUGUGAUCAAUCAACUGAGUUGCUCUUUCUGCCUGUAUCAAAUGAAUGUCCUUUUUUUUUAAAUUCAUUUUUAAUUACCACCGCAGUAGAAUUUUUAAUCACAAAAUGUCGCUCUGUGAGCUAGCAUUGUAGUACAAACAAUACUUCGUAAUGAUCGUAUCUAUAUGGUGCCUCGUAAUUCUGAAUACCACUGAUAUUUUUCAAGUAUCUAAAAGACACCUUGAUUUUAUAGUACCUCUCAGGUUAAGUCUUCCCGUACUUGUCCAUUGCAUGUGUCUCUUUUGAAUUUAUUUAUUUAUUUAUUUAUUCAAGUCUUCUUUAUACAGGGUGGCCCUUUCAAUAACGAGUAUUGCUCUUCCAAGGGGCCCUGUCUAUACAAUUAAAAACAUGUAAAACAUUGCACAUUAAUAUGGUAUACAUACAAAUAAAACCGAUAUACAAAGUAACUAAAAUUACAACAAGAAAUACGAAUACAAUAUAUGAAAUAUUUAAAAAAA